CCUCGCUUCUCCUCCUCUCCUCCGAUACGCGCGACGUGCCCCCUUCUCCGCCUUUAAUUAGUUAUAUAUAUGUAUUUAUAUGCGUAUAUGUAUAUCAUCGAUCGAUCGAUCCAAUUGCCGAACCUAUCCCGCAAACACCGCUCGAUUUAAUAGGGGUGGUCCGGCGCCGGAAAUGGACCCGUCGGAGCUGAAGCGCGUCUUCCAGAUGUUCGACCGGGACGGGGACGGCAGCAUCACGAAGGAGGAGCUGCAGGAGUCGCUCAAGAACCUGGGCAUCCAGACCGCGGAGGAGGAGCUGGCAGCGAUGAUCGAGAAGAUCGACGCGAAUGGCGACGGGCGCGUGGACGUGGAGGAGUUCGGGGAGCUGUACCGGUCGGUGAUGAUGGACGAGAGCGGGGACGAGGACCCGGAGGAGGACAUGCGGGAGGCGUUCGACGUCUUCGACCAGAACGGCGACGGGUUCAUCACGGUGGAGGAGCUGCGGUCGGUGCUCAGCUCCCUCGGCCUCAAGCAGGGGCGGACCGUCGAGGACUGCAAGAAGAUGAUCAGCAAGGUGGACGUCGACGGCGACGGCAAGGUCAACUUCAAGGAGUUUAAGCAGAUGAUGAAGGGCGGCGGAUUUGCGGCUCUCAGUAAUUAAUUAAUCAAUUAAUU